AUCCGCUCUCGUAUCACUGUGUGCAAGCGACUGAAGCUCAAGUGCGAUCGUCGAACUCCGUGCAGUUCAUGUCUCAAGCGCGACACCGUUCAGCGGUGCGUAUACUCCCAAGCCGCUGCCGAGAAAGUCGAUGUUCAAACCCUCCACAACCGUAUCAUCGAGAUCGAACGCGUUCUCGCGCAGCUU